UGGCAAAAGUGUAGUUUUGUAAGAAGAAGGCGGCAAAAUGGGAAAGGGAAGGCCAAUAAAAACGGUUGAUCAUGUGGAUGUAAGAGUGAGAAGGAGAAGGAGAGAGAGAAUCUCUAUCUCUAGAUAUAAUUAUCAAUGGUGAACCAGCUGGAGAAUCUUGUGGAAUCGAUCAAAUCGAAGGUGAGAGCUUUAAAGAGUAAGAAGCCGAAGAAGAGUUACAUCAAGAUGGACAAGAGCUCAAGCGUUAAGGUCGAGAUCCGUAGCAGAAAAGCCAGAAAACUCAUCGAUAAGACUCUCAAGGUCGCCGAUCGUCCUGGCAAGCGUACCGUCACUUGAAAAUUCAAUACCAUAAUAAUAAUUAUUGUUAUUAUUGUAGAUUUUUAUGUGUACAUAUAUAUAUGUUACAUAUGAAAUUUAUAUAUAUAUAUAUGUAUGCAUAUAGAUGAGACGUCGUCGUUUUAUAAUGAGAUUCGAUUAAGUCAUCGUUAUCUCUACUGUUUUCAAGUUUUGUGUUAUGGCGGCGACCAUCCGAUUCUGUGUUUCUGCCAUUUCGUAUGUCUCUUUCCUGACAUCAUCAAGCCUUUGAAACCGUUUCGGAACUGUGCCAAAAAAAAAAAAAAAACUGCUUCUACUUCUUUUUUUCAAUAGCAAUAAUUCUUAUUUUGUAAGUCUAUUAAUAUAUUUAUUUUUUCAUCUCUUA